AUGUCAGCUGACAUUAGUUUGUUCGAUUUGGUGAACCUGUCGAUCGGGACACCUGAUGUUGGAGCUGUCAACUUCAAUGCGUUGCAUACCCUCCUCCACGCUAUCCUGGGACACCUGAAAAUUCAAAAUAUGACCACCGGCUGGAGAGAGGAGGAUGCUCCGCCACAGCAGCCCCAUGGGCCGCCUCUGACCAAGUCCUCUAGCCCGUACCAUCACAUGGAGGACAAACUGCGGCAGAUAGAGAGACAGAUGGCCGCGUUGGAGAAGCUUCCUAGCGGUACAGAUCUGCUGAGCCGCACUGCCUCAACCACAACACCGGUCAACGACAUGUGGCAGUUGAUGCAGCUCCGCCGCAAGGCUCAGGCAAGUGAGGACGGCGUGUCCAAGGUGAGACAGGCUCUUCCUCAAAAUGUAUUUAUUAAUAUCGCAGAGUUAUAAUUUUAUUUUAAAUUGAAAUAAUGUCAUACGAGGACAGGUGAAAGUUGAACGCUGCUGCUGUGGCAGCGCUCCCUCCCUUGAUCAACUGUCAAACUUUGUUGAAACUUUGAUUUGCCUGUGAUGCACAAUUUUGCUUGUCAUAAGAUAGGCCCCAAAUCAUUUAGGGGAAUCUGCCCCAAAACAUAAUUUUGUGGUCAUAGAAAAAUGGCCAUAACAGUCAAGAAAUAGGAUUACAUUACAGUUCCACUAGACUACACAUCCAUCUUGUGACAGAUGUUUGAGUCUGGACUGAGGUUUAUUUAUUGACCCAUAUUUUAGCAGGUAAAUUGACUGAGAACAUAUUAUCUUACAGCAAUGACCUGGGAAAGAGUUACAGUGGGGAGGAGAGGGGGCGAAUUAGCCAAUUGGAAGCUAGGGAUGAUUAGGUGGCCAUGAUGGUAUGAGGGCCAGAUUGGGAAUUUAGCCACAACACCGGGGUUAACACCCCUACUCAUAUGAUAAGUGCCAUGGGAUCUUUAGUGACCACAGAGUCAAGACACUGAAAGACAGCAUCCUAUGCAGGGCAAUGUCCCCUUCACUGCCCUGGAGCAUUGGGAUCUCCUUAGACCAGCGGGAAGAGUACCCCCUACUGGCCUUCCAGCAGCAUUCUGUCUCCCAUCCAGGUACCGACCAGGACCAACUACUUAGUUUCAGAGGCAAGCCAGCAGUGGAAUGCAGGGUGGUAUGCUGCUAGCAAGUGAUUCAGCCCCUCUCAUCUGUAUUAAGUCCUUGAGUGCUUGCUCAUCAGAGCCCUGUCCCGCAGCUGGGGGCCUGUCUGUGUGGUGAAUGGUGAGCAUUUCAGAGCACUCAGCACUGGAUAAGGAUAUUGAUGACAGAGCACAGUACAAUAGGUGAUGGGCAGCGCACUUUCUUCUCAAAUGACCUUGCUGUGUCUCUGUUCCAGUUUCCAAAGGAAAGGCCACUCCCCAAAGAUAAGCACCACUCUUGUGGUCCCUGUGUAUGCUGUGUAACAAAAUGGAAUAGCUGAGUAGUGCAGAUCACUCUGAGCAUGUGAACACCAGCGGAGGCUGCUGAGAGGAGCUAUAGGAGGACGGCUCAUUGUAAUGGCUGGAAUGGAAUUAAUGGAACGGAGUGAAACAUGGUUUCCAUGUGUUUGAAACCAUUCCACCUAUUCAGCUCCAGCCAUUACCAUAAGCCCGUCCUCCCCAAUUAAGGUGCCACCAACCUCCUGUGGUGUACACAAUUUAGAAUCAGUGUCGGUCCAGUACUUCAUACCACACUCUGAACUGUGUCUCAGCUGUUAUCUGAAAUGUCUGAGUUUGAAAUAUGGACACUGAUCGAGACAUGACAGUCUGUGUUGAUAAAGCAAGUAGGAAGAUCGAAAGAUUGCACAGGACUUAGCUAUCUUCACUGAUGUUGCCCAGACCUGCCCAGUUAUCCCCCCCUCUCUCAAUUCAAUUCAAUUCAAUUCAAUUUAAGGGCUUUAUUGGCAUGGGAAACGUAUGUUAACAUUGCCAAAGCAAGUGAAGUAGAUAGUAAACAAAAGUGAAAUAAACAAUCAAUAUUAACAGUAAACAUUACACUCAGAAGUUUCAAAAGAAUAAAUACAUUUCAAAUGUCAUAUUAUGUAUAAUAGUUAAAGUACAAAUGGGAAAAUAAAUAAACAUAAAUAUGGGUUGUAUUUACAAUGGUGUUCGUUCUUCACUGGUUGCCCUUUUCUUGUGGCAACAGGACACAAAUCUUGCAGCUGUGAUGGCACACUGUGGUUUUUCACCCAGUAGAUAAGGGAGUUUAUCAAUAUUGGGUUUGUUUUCGAAUUCUUUGUGGAUCGCUGUAAUCUGAGGGAAAUAUGUGUCUCUAAUAUGGUCAUACUCCUCUCUCUCUCAUCCUCUCUCUCUCCUCUCUCCUUUCUCUCUCUCCUUCUCUCUCUUCUCUCUCUCCUCUCUCUCUCUCUCUCUCUCUCUCUCUCCUCUCUCUCUCUCUCUCUCUCUCUCUCUCUCUCUCUCUCUCUCUCUCUCUCUCUCUCUCUCUCUCUCUCUCUCUCUCUCAGGUAGAUAAGGUGUAAUUGGUCUCCUGCAGAGAAAUGACUGUAAUUGUCAGAGGAAGAAUAACACUCAGGUGAAAUGAGGGAGGGACAGCCAGUGGGUCCAGGCGAAGGUGCCUCUUUGAAAAUCCUUGGAAUCAUUCAUGUCUGCUGUGGGUCAAUAACAGUAUCCACUGGCCCUGUCUGUCCCUGUCUGGCCCUCGCUGGCCCUGAUUGGUCUUCUCUGGCCCUGUCUGCCAUAUCCCUGAAGACCCCCACUAAGACACAAUGUCCGUCAGUUUCUGUCUCACAACUCAUAGCAGCAUAUUGUAUUUGCCGCAUACCUUAGCCAGGGUCACUCACUUCUUAACCCAUGACAGAGAUUGUCAGGGGAUUGUUGUGGUUGAUAAAGGUGUGCUCCGCUGUGACCCCACAGGGUACAUGUCCUGGCUCUGAGAGGGCAGCGAAAAGUCUGCCUGAGUGGCGCUCUGUGUUCACAGUGGCGUGGAAGGAUUCCAGGCCACCGGCCAUCUUAGUCAGAGCCAGUUAAUGGCUGACUAAAGAGUAACAGGGAGGUAGAGCGGAUGGCUUUCUUCCCAAUCGCAAAUAACUUCCUUAUUGUUGGGACAGUAAAAGUUUAUUAUGUUAGUUACUAUCCUAACCCUACCCCUAGAGUGUUGCUUGUUGUCAGAAGGGGCUUGUAUUUAUGUUGUCCUGUCUGUUACCAUUGGCAACAGACUUGUGGGUGAUGCUGACCCAGAUGUUGUGGCAGAAACAGAAAGGAGGUUGGGCACUCUGUCCAAACAACAUCCACACAGACAAACAGACAGAGGACUAGGGACAUUGUGUCUGAGGAAGAUAAGGUUGGGGAUGUCCCCUGGUUAGGGAGCCCAGCUCCUUUGAGGGAAUAGGACCAUGCAUACAUUUAGCCUACUGUUGCUGAUGUAGGCUAUUAUCAUAACUUCCUGUAUACUCAAUAUGUCCAAUCAGCCACACUGAGCUUUUUAACUGUCAUUGGAAUCUCAUAGGAAAUUAACCAUACCCUGGACCCACUCAUCAAAAUGUGACGAAUACAGUUGAUUGCCUCUCUGUUUGUCAUUAGGGGUUGGGUUGGUUGCCGGGUUAGAAUAUUCUAGUGUAUGUCCUGCUACAAGAUUUGAUCAUGUUUAGCCUAAUCUCAUGUCUCUGAGAUACUUGAGGCGAUCAUUGAAAAGGUGGUCUCCUCCAGAAAUUCCAUACAAGCAGGUCAUAAAUCAUUUCCACGUUUACAGCUCACUUAACAACCUGUUAGUUAUUCAGCCAAUUGGUUGACGACCUGUGCAGCUCAGUGGGGCUAUGCAUCAUUUCAUGUCUGGGUGCAUUUGACAAAACCCACAGGAACUCUGGUCAAUACGUUCAAAGCCACCUGUUUCAACUUUGCUUAGUAAACACAACUUAUUUCUAAUUUGCAACACCCAGAGUAAAUGUGUGGGUUUACUCUGUCAACAAGGCUUCAGCUGUGUUAAAGAGAAGUGGUCGUUCCAUAUGAGCAGGGGUUAUGUACUCUGAAAAACAUGGAUUAUCUGGAGACAGACAGGUCCUACUGCUGCUAUGUAACAGCUUGUGUGUCUCAUCUAAUGCAUAUGGACGAUGGUGUCCUAGGAACCUCCAUUGGGGUGAAAGGUCAACUGGAUGGAGCCAUGGAGAGGGGUUUUGGGAUCCCUCCUAAAUGAAGGGGUUUAGGAUCUUCCUACUGAUCUUCAAAGGAAGUAGCCAGUAUGAAAAUGUAUGCACUCACUAACUGUAAGUUGCUCUGGAUAAGAGCGUCUGCUAAAUGACUAAAAUGUAAAAAAAAAGACCAGAGAAUCUUGUUUCUCAUGGUCUGAGAGCCCUUUAGGUGCCUUUUGGCAAACUCCAAGUGGGCUUUUACUGAGGAGUGGCUUCCAUCUGGCCACUGCACCUUUAAGGCCUGAUUGAUGGAGUGCUGCAUAGAUGGUUGUCCUUCUGGAAGGUUCUCCCAUCUCCACAGAGGAACUCUGGAGCUCUGUCAGAGUGACCAUCAGGUUCUUGGUCACCUCCCUGAUCAAGGCCCUUCUCCCCCGAUUGCUCAGUUUGGCCGGGCGGCCAGCUCUAGGAAGAGUCUUGGUGGUUCCAAACUUCUUCCAUUUAAGAAUGAUGGAGGCCACUGUGUUCUUGGGGACCUUCAAUGCUGCAGAUAUUUUUUGGUACCCUUCCCCAGAUCUGUGCCUCGACACAAUCCUGUCUCGGAGCUCUACGGUCAAUUCCUUCGACCUCAUGACUUGGUUUUUGCUCUGACAUGCAGUGUCAACUGUGGGACCUUAUAUGGACAGGUGUGUGAAUUUACCACAGGUGGACUCCAAUCAAGUUGUAGAAACAUCUCAAGAAACAUCUCAAGGAUGAUCAAUUUUUUUGUUUGUCAUUAUGGGGUAUUGUGUGUAGAUUGAUGAGGAAACAUGUUAUUUCAUACAUUUUAGAAUAAGGCUGUAACGCAACAAAAUGUGGAAAAAGUCAAGGGGUCUGAAUACUUUCCGAAUGAACUGUAUAUAGAGUGUGCGACUCUCUUUAUUUUUAUAGCCUACGAUUCAGUCAUCAUAACAGAAACUGACAAAAUAUAAUGAUUGUGUUAAAUGAUCUGACCAGUAAUGUGAGGUUCUUUGAGCUUUGAGUCUUUCAAACAUACUCUGUUGUGUUUCCAGUCUAUGUCGCUGAUCCAGGAUCUGCUGAAGGAGAUCCAGGACCUGAAGGAGUCCAGAGACGACCUGAAGAAAGCGGUCAAGAGCCUCCAGAACCAACUCGACCAGGUCAGACACACAUCCACACUGGCAAACCCUCAUAGCGAGGAGGGAUUGCAGGUAGACAACAUCUGGCAACCUUGCUUAUCUCCCUCAUUAACCUACAGUAGGGGAUACACCCAGUGCUCAUCACUAAGGAAUCCUUCUCCAUCUCACCACCCCACACAUUGGUGAAAUAUAGCGUCAUGUAGAGCCCGAUCCACCCUGGCCCUGGUCCCCUCCCUCCCUCCAUCACUCUCUGUAGGGGACAUGGAGUCAUACAGAGGGCAACAGCAUCAAAGAGCCACAGCUUAUCUCUGGCAACCUGGCCUGUCACUCACCCCAACAAUAGAGCGAGGAUGAUAGGGAUCAUCCUACAUAUCUGUUUCCAUCUGGUAGCAUGACGUUGCUCUGGGUGUUCUUUGUGUUCCAGCUGAACAUGAGUGAGCUGGUUGACAGAAUCAACAAAGUGGAGCAGUACUGCCACCGACUGGACAACCUGGACUCUGCCACCGUGAGUUGGAACUGAGUAGACUACUUUCCGAGCUCAGAAAUGAUAUACUACAUUGCUAAGAGGAGCCAAACAAUAGUAUAGUACUGUUGUAGCUAACUCUAGUAAAUAGAGGUUAAUCAGGACUUCCCCUCUUUCUUGUCUUCUCUCUAUCACAGAAAGAGCUGCAGGACAGAGUUGGACGUUACCCAGACCCAGACGAGCUCAUCCAGUGUGUGACCUGGGACAUCUUGCAGACCACCUUGGUUAGCAAGCAACAGAAUCUGCAAAAGGCAUGUCUUAUGUCUUGCUCAAAAGAGCGAGAGUCCUUUAUCAAGCAAUCAUAUACAAGACCGAGGAAUAGAUAUGAGCUUUGUGUUGAUGGUAGCUAUUUCUCCAAUAGGAAAUCAGGGACUCAGUCCCUGUCGCUGGCCCCACUUCAGUGGUCAUGACCACCAUCACUCCUUUCAGCGCCUCUGCUAAUGCCAACACUGGAGCUGCUACCUUCACUCCUAGCACUGUCACUGCCAGCCAGCAUGGAGGAGCACUGCCCCAGCAGUUCCUCUCUGAUGGAGCUGCUCCAGCCUGAGGGGUGCUUGCCCCAGCAGUCCCUCUCUGAUGGAGCUGCUGCCUUCACUCCUGGCACUGGCACUGGCACUGUCACUGGCAUCCAGCAUGGGGGGGUGCUUCCCCAGCAGUCCCUCUCUGAUGGAGCUCUGAUGGUGCGCAGUAAACCCCUGUCUCGUGUGGCCAGCGGGGCAGAGCGUUACCCAGAAACAGUGGAGGCCCUGAGGGACGUGGGCAGGCUCAGGGAGAGACACAACACCCUGGAGACCAGAGUAGAGCUGCUGGAAGCAGGCAAGGCCGACCAGGCCCAGCUCCAGCACCUCCGGGAGCUCCUCACUGACAUGGGUAAGAUAGCAAUGUGGGGACUGGAUAGUGUAUGGCUAUUCUAUGUUUUCUUUUACUGAAUGAUGUAUUUUGUGGGGGAUGACCAUUUUUUUCCCUGAAUGUGUAGGUGACAGGGAUGUGCCCGAAAACCUGAUGGAUCAACUGAAUCAUCUGAGAGUUCUGGUAGACAGCCUGGUGGGUGACAGAGCCAAGGUGAGGGAGGAAGAUGUACACACACACACACACACACACACACACACACACAUUGUUGAUGGCCCCAUGUCCCUGUUGUAGCUGGGAGAACUGGAGCAGCUGAUUCUGAACAUAGGGACAGUUCAGGACUCAGAGGGAGGCUCAGGAAUGGCCAAAGGGUCAGACAGUGAGGACUCCUCUAACUCUGCUCAGCAAGGACAGCUCAGACUGCAGAUAUUAUACCUCAGGUAAACAAGGACACAGGAGCACACAGGAAGGCUAAAUAUAAUUAUAGAUAGUUUUUUAUGGAUACUACAUUUGAUAUAGUUUGGUAGUCUAAGUAAUUUGUAAGUAGUUUGAAGUUUUAUGGAAGUUGAGAUGUGAUAGUUUUCCAUUGUAAGAGAGGUGGUGGCCUGCUCCUCAUGGCCUGGUGCUCCUCUCUGUGUUCAGGAACGCAGUGCAGAAAGUGGAGGAGGAGGUGCUACUGCUGAAAACUGAGAACACCUCAGCCAAGGCUGAGCAGAAGACCAAGAAAGACAGACAGCUACAGAAUCAGGUUAGACAGACAGACAGACAGACAUAUUUCAGAGCAUAUAGACAUUUGAAUACACUGUCAGGUCUAAACACCAGGGUACUCUGUGAAACAUUCAACUGUAGAAUAUAGCUGAAACAGCACCAUCCAUAAUGUAGUAGCUAGCGACCGCUUGUGGCCCCAACAUGGCCCUCACACAGCCCUCUCACCCCAGAUGGACAACCUGCGAGGCAUGCUUGAGGACAUGAUGGCGUCCUCCUCCUCGCUGCUCUCCCAGAGCCUCCAGCAGGGGCCAGAGCAGGGCCAGGGCAGCAGUCAGGCAGGCGGGCAGCAGGGCUCCACAUGCCCCUCCUGCUCUGUAGACAUGAGCAGGAAGGUCAGCCAGCUGUUCCAGCGCUAUGAGAAUCUGCAGGGCCUGGUUAGCAGCUUUAUGAAUCAGCAGGGAGGAGGCGGACCUAGAGCAGAGGUACUGUAGGCAGGGACAGAGGAGGAAACAGAAUAGGAAAGGGUUAAAUAAUGGGUCUGUUAUGUUGAACCCUGAGGGAGGGAUACGUUUUGAGAUGAUAUGUAAGCGAUGCUCUAUCAGGGCAGCAGUGUGUUCAGAGAGGUGUUAAGGGAAAGGAGUGUGUCAGUGUCAGUGCGCUCCAUGGCACUGGGGCCAUGGCUGUGUAUUACAGAUGUAGAACCCUGUCUCUCUGUGUUGUUUCUGCCAGAGCUCGGAGCUGAUGAAUGACGUUCAGGGAGCCAUCCUGCAGCUGCAGGCUGAGUGUGAGAAGCUCCACAGCACAGCCAACCACCUGAUUGAGGAGCAGAGCCAGAAACAGGUCCACAUCGACGUGAGUCUGGGAGGGAGGGCCGCAGCACAGGGAGGCCCAUAGGGGAAUAGGAGCGGCUCCAUGCUGUUCUUCUGUUCCAAUCCACAGAAAGAUGAUUCUCAAUAAUGUCUUUCUUUCACAGCAUCUGUACAAGUCCAUGGAAGAACUGGACGAGAAGAAAGCUGACAAAGAUCUUGUGGAGAUGGAGAUUGAAAUCGUGAGUGUCUUACCACAACAUAGUUUAGCUUUCCUUCAGUGUCUUUUACUCAACUCAGGUGAACUCUCGCAAGUCUUCACAUGUUUAUGUUAGUCUAGACAAGCUUCCACAAGUCCAUUCAAGACCAUAGGGGUACCUACAAAUCCCAACAUGCUCAAGUUCACCUGUACAAGCCCAUGCUAAACCCUACCGAGGCCAUACAAGUCACCACAAGCACAUAUGUGUCCAUACACCUACAAGCUCAUACAGGUUUCACCUAACCCUUACAAGCCCAUGCAGAUUUCACCUAACCCUUACAAGCCCAUACAGGUUUCACCUAACCCUUACAAGCCCAUGCAGAUUUCACCUAACCCUUACAAGCCCAUACAGAUUUCACCUAACCCUUAAAAGCCCACACUAGUACUGCCAUUGCCCUGACUGCAUCUCCUCUCUCCCUGUAGAAAGCAGACAAGCGUGCCCUGGAGACCAAGGUGAGCCGCAUGCAGUUUGAUUCCAUGACAGAGGAGCUCAACACCAUGUUCCAGGAGCUGCUCAGCAAGAUCACCGGCCAGGAGCAGGACUGGCACAAAAUCAUCGACAAAAUCUCCACCGAGAUGGAGUGCAAGGUGGGACUGAGCUGGAAGUUACCCUGCUAGAUGGAUGUUUAUAUAAUAAGCCUACAUGUCCAUUGAUACACGCCAUGCUCUGCUGUUAUUACUAUGCUAUCACCAUUUCAUAUAUCUCACGAGUCUGUAUGUCACAAGUUUUUAAGUGUUUUACGAACGUGUUUAUAGUGACAUAGCAUUGUUUGAUAAAGUCUUAUGGAAUGUCUGUCUGGAGUGUCUGGUGGUAGUGUAUGUCUCUGGGAUCCCUGUAGUAAAUCUGUUAUCUCUCUGUGUAGCUGGACCGGAUUGAGCUGGAUCCUGUGAAGAAGCAGCUAGAGGACCGCUGGAAGAGCAUCCGUAAGCAGCUGCAGGCCCAGCCUGCCCCGAAGGAGGAUGACGCUGCAGGCAUCAGGAGGUAAGUCACUGGUCACAGCCAGGCCCAGGAGGGAUGAUGGCUGGAUAGGUCCAGGUUCCUCUAUGGAGUUAUACAUGAUCAUGCCUUCAUUGUCUUCCUGUGUUUAACGUUCAUUUUAUCUCUGUCUAUAUUCUAUAUUUUAUCUCUGUCUAUAUUCUAUAUUUUAUCUCUGUCUAUAUUCUAUAUUUUAUCUCUGUCUAUAUUCUAUAUUUUAUCUCUGUCUAUAUUCUAUAUUUUAUCUCUGUCUAUAUUCUAUAUUUUAUCUCUGUCUAUAUUCUAUAUUCUAUUUUAAUACUGUUGUUUACUCACUGUGUAUGUAUAUACUGUAUUCUGGACAUAUCUCAUCCUAAUAUACCUACUAUUGUACAUACCAUUUUCCUUCCAAAUGAUUUACUGUCUAUACACACCACGUAUUUAUAUUCUGGAUUCUGACACGUGCUCACUCUGAUAUAUCUACUCUGGAUUGUUUAUUGGACUCCUUCUGUCAUUUCUUGAUUUCUUGAUUAUUUGUGUAUUUGUAUUGUAUUUGCAAGACAUGCUACUGCACUAUUGGAGCUAGAAACAUCAGCAUUUCGCUGCACCUGCUAUAACAGCUGUGUAUGCGACCAAUAAACUUUGGUUUUGAUUUUUCUUUGUUAUGUCCCUUUCAUAGACAACUUGUGGCAAGGUUCCACUGCAUCUCCUGCGACCGCCCGGUCGAUAUGCUUACCCCAGGACCGUAAGGGAAUGAUAAUAAUGUCCUAUUUUUAUACAGUACAAAUAGACAUUGUGGAAAUUGAAAUAAUAGGAUUGUGGUGCUGCUCUUUCACCUAUCUUUCUUUUUUCUCUCUCUCUCUCUACUUGACAACAGGCACUUGGUCACCGUGCCCUCCACUCCUGGCCUACCCUCCCACAAGUCCAACCGACCGUACACCAUCUAUGAGCUUGAGCAGGUUCGCCAGCACUGCAGAAGGUGAGAGCAGACAGUCAUACUACUAUACAUCUCAGUCAAACAUCACAACUGAAACUCUUACUUGGCCCCAUCUUAACCAGCAGGGGGUGCCAGAGUCCCAAUAUAACUUUAUCUUACCUCCAAAGACCGAACACCCACACUAGAUCUGUCAGGAGUGUUCCAUAGUUAUAAGUGUCUGACAUUAGCCAGCUCUCCCUCCAUCUCAGCCUGAGGCCAGGGACCAACCACGGCCACUUUGAGAUGGCCAGCUCCGAAAGGGCCAUGAUGCAGGUGCAGAGGAUCAACACCAUGAUGUGUAGGCAGAUAGAGAGAGUGCAGCCAACUAGCUGGCCCAGAGCGAACCUACAGCCAGGGAGCCCUAAGGGAGAUCGGGCCCUCCCGCUAUCCACACAUCCUGAGCCCGCUGCAGAGGACCAGCCAGAGUCUGCCCAAGCAGUGAGUCAGUCUGUCAGGUCAGGGGUAGGCAGGGAAGCAGGGAGCACAUGCAUUGAAACAGGGGAAGGGCCAAAAAGUUGUUCAUAUUGCUUUGUUAUGGUUUAGAGAAGGGUCAGGGAGGCAAGGUGCCCCAAAGUAACUACAAACUAUAAAUACUGUACUGUCAGUUCUGUUACAAACCUCUAGAAGUGUUUAUCUUCCGACCUUCAACCUCCACUCCAGUGUCCAUCCUAGCGAGCGCAUCCCUGAGAUGGCGGACUACAGUUACCUGGCCAUGUCCCGGAGCUGUGGAGGCAGCCACACCGUGACCUACCCCAACCGCCGCUACACCCGCCUGCAGCACAUCAGCCACUUCAUCCAGGCUGAGGAGGAGACACCGCCCAUCUCCAGAUCCACACUGCGUAUUCAGGUGAGUGAGACCAACCUCACUUACUGUGGGUUACUGUACUGACAGACAACUAAACCACUGCCAGCCCAUAGGAAUACACCUGGUCAAUCACAUGUUUGUUUAGCCAUUUAUACAAGUCAUAAUGUUGAUGUACAGAGUAUAUUUGAGGUGUAUUUGACAGUUGUUAGGUGUGCAAAUAUUUGACCUUGUCCUUGUGCCUAUUGGUCAGCCGGAGGAGGUGGACAUCUUGGGAUUGGACGGACACAUCUACAAGGGCCGCCUGAAAACCAGAUCGGUCAAGACUGUGGAUGCCAGACUACCCACCAUCUUUCCUAAAGACGGUACAGGGUUCCCUGGACUGGGAUUAUAUUAAGCUCUACUCUACAGUACUGUGUAUUUUUAGAGUGGAAUUACAUGUAUAGAAAAGGAAAUGGAAUCUGGACAAUUGUGAACAAAAGCUAGAGUAAUUAAUUCAUGUUACUCAAUUCAAGCAAACUUUUUUAAUGCCAUCGCUCCAAAAAGUGACCUAAUGUUGAGUCUGACAUGUCUGCAUGCUGUGGGUAGCUGUCCGGGGCUGGGAGAGGGGUGAUGUCCAGACUCCAGUUCUGACAGCCCAUAUGGACUCCUCAUGGACAGUGAAGUACACUUCCCCUGGGCCCAGUUACACAAUGCAUCUUAAGAUGAUGAUCACACUGCGCCAUCUGUCCAGGCCCCAACUACCCUUGGCCUAUUUCCUCUCUCUCGGUCCCUGGACAAUGUGUCCAGAGUUGGGCUCUCAGUGCAGGGAUAAAGAGUAAAGUGUGGGGAGGAAGAGUGAGGGGUGACAUCAUGGGGAAGUGGGAGGUGGAGGGUCAGGAGAGAAGGGGGGGAGGAGGCUGAAAAGUGGGGGUGGGUUGAGAAAGAAAGUGGGCUUUUGUUUGGGAAUGAGAAUUUGAGGAGGGAUACAGUAUGGUGUUAGAGUGGUGUGAUGAAGGAUUAGGAACGAAGGUGUGGAGGAGGACGAGGUGAGGAGAUUUAGGGAAGGAGAGAGGAGCUUAGUUUAUGGGAGGGAGUAUUUUAGGAGGGUUUAAAUAGUAGUGUGGUGUUCCUCCCGGGGUUAAGGAAGUGAGUUAGCAAUAAGAAUGGGCUGCACUGGGGUUGGGGGAGGGGCUCUGGUUGGCAUAGUGGUCCACACUGGAAAGAACCCAAUGUUACUAUGUUAUAGAAGAGCAGGCCUGGUGUCUGUGACGGACUGUAAAUAUAACUGGACCUGGGGUAACGCUGCUUGCAUUACAUCGUUUCUAUCUUAAUAUCCUUUUCAUCUGUUCAUAGAAAUCAAGCCCUGUAGGAAGAAAGAGGGAAUUGUGCUGUCCUGUUUUAUGCCUGUGAUUUGGUGUUGUGAUUCCCAGUAAUUUAUGAGACCAUUGAAUGAGUCGAAAUAGUAUUGAAAGAGUAUUUUGGUCAAGACUUGGAAGAAGGGCUUAUGUGGUGUAUGUCUGGUAUGGGUGUGUAUGUACAGUACGGCUAUGGGUGUGGUGGGGUCCUGUCAUUCCCAUGUCAAGGCGCGAUGUGACAUUGUUGUUUUGAUGACUGCAGGCAUGUGCAAGAGCAAAGACAAGGUCAUGCGCUCCCAGUUCCAGAAGUCUGGUUGCACAGAGCCGGCCUGUGUGACCCCUGUGCGUCCCCAGAGUGCCAAGACCCAGCGCAGCCGCUCAGGUAGCUCACACCAGCGUCAUUACCCAUUUACAACAUAAAAACCAAUUUCACUAACUGGAAAAGUGAAUACUCACAUGGAAAUAGCAUUCUUCUUUGCUAUUGCUGCUGUGCAGCUGUUAAGGUUGAUUGUAGCAGACACCUGACCCCUGACCUUUCCCCCUUGCCUCCCUUCCUCCCUUUCUCUCCCCCAGCCUCAGGCAGCUCUGUGCGGGACCGGCCCAUGUCCUCUUUGGGCUGCCUGUCCCAGGCUACCCUUCCCCAGAGCUCGUCCCAUGCUGACACCACCAGCGAGCUGCAGCAGGAGCAGCAAGGUCUGGAGCUUCACGUAGACCUGAGCCAGUCGGAGGAAGAGCCCGUCACCACCCUGUAG